GCAUUUAGUCCUGCCUUGCAGAUUUAAGGGCUGUCAAUUGUUAAAAUGAAUACUUUUCUUUGACCACACAAAUGUGUUAAAUAUAUUACUACUCUUCUAUUAAUUAUAAUGGAUGUUGAUGGUUUGCCGAUUAUUGGGCCUGGAGUGGAUUACACCCAGGUGACACCAAUUCAUCAGAAGAGGAUGUAUGCCUUCAUAAACCAUUUCAUAACCAACACUGUAUCUUUUCUAAAUAAAUUUUCACAAUCAUGUGAGCUACGUUUGGAGAAAUUUGAUAGUAGACUUCAGAAACUUGAAGCUUCACUCUGUAUUCUUGAAACUAAGCUGAAUUCCAUUGCAGGUCUUGAUGAGGUUCCAGUUACAGUGUCUUAUAGUGCAGAUAAACCAGAAGAACUGCAGCCACCAGUUACUACUGAAACCAUAACAGAGCAACCAGACACUCAACCACAAAUUGAUCCUGCACUUUCAAAGUUUGUACGUAUGAUUCAAGUGGGGGUUCCAGUACAGGCAGUAAGAAUGAAGAUGCAAGCUGAAGGAAUGGAUCCAAGUGUUCUUGACAAUUAUGGAGCACUGUCCAAGGUACAAGUGAGGGAAGAGAUUGAAUCUGACACUGACUCCAGUGACUAAUUGUUAGUGAACUUAUGAAAACUUACAUAAAUAAAAGGAACUUGUUAUGUUAUUAUCAUUUUAUUUAAUAAACCAUAUUUACAAAUAA